UGUCACCGUAAGGGUCCAGAUGGGUCCCCGACCUACGAUAGCGCGGGCUUUCAACUCGACUAUGAGAAAGUUGCAAAGUGGAUGAAGCCAGUGGCUUACGACAAAAGUCCAUGGUCAAUGGCAUGGAGCGCCAUCUCAAGAGAGUCGAAGAGGAGACAAAAAAAAUCUACGACAUCUUCUUUGUCGAUAGGAAGGGUCCGGAGGUUGAACAGGGCAUUACGCAGGUCAUGCAUCAGAUCAAAGAUCAGGUCUUUAAGGAUCUCGGGGUCCCCUGGCACCAGAUCGAUCUCAAGCAGCUGAAGAAAUGGGAACAUCAGGGGUUCGCCGAGGUCGACGCGGAUAAGUGGUGGCAUCGGCCAAAUCAAGUUGAGCGCGAUCGAUUCAUGAAGAUGCUAUUAGGCGGAGCCUCUCUCCGGAAGGAUCUCUAUCCGUGAAGUGGAUCCAGAUCCUAGAGUGUCUUAUCUCUCGCAGUAUGAAUUAGUACUACAAUUCCAGUAUAGCUUUGUUUAUCAUUCC